UGGUGGGUGAAGCGGUGUAGGACUGUGCGUGAAGCAACCGGAGAUGAGAACUCUGGUGUCGCCCUGGUCGUCGUCCCCCUCCUCUCUAUAUACCCGCGUAAAUGGCGGUCCACUCCAUCUCUUACCUCCUCGUUUCCGGUUCUGCCCUCCCAAACCUUCCAAGUUCUCGCCUUUUCUUCGCCCUCCUCUUUCCAUGGCCGCCUCUUCCGCUCAGCAGACUGUGUCGCCUGGAGAUGCCAAGAGCGAGGUUGAUGUUUUCCAAUUAGUUCAAGCUCAUCAGGAGAAGGCGGCUCGGCUUCUGCCCAUGGAGGAGAUCCGGACGGUGCUCGACUGCAGCGUGCGUGGCAUGCUCUCCACGUUUUCUCAUAGGCUAGAGGGUUAUCCAUCUGGUUCAAUGGUUGACUUUGCUUGUGACGCGGAUGGAUCUCCAAUAUUAGCAAUCAGCAGCCUGGCAUACCAUUCUAAGGACCUUUUGGCUAAUUCCAAGUGCUCUCUUCUAGUUGCUAGAGAUCCUGAGGAUAGGACUGAUUUGGUGAUCACUCUGCAUGGUGAUGCCAUCAGCGUCCCUGAAAAAGAUCGGGAAAGUGCCCGUGCUAUGUAUCUGUCAAAGCAUCCAAAUGCUUUCUGGGUUGAUUUUGGUGACUUCCAAUUUAUGCGCAUUGAACCAAGAGCCGUGCGAUUUGUUUCUGGGGUGGCAACAGCUUUGUUAGGUUCCGGAGAGUUUGUCAGGGAGGAAUACAAGGCUGCAAAAGUGGACCCGAUUGCACAGUUUGCUAAGCCUGUUACAUCUCACAUGAAUAGGGACCAUGCUGAAGAUACCAAGCUCAUUGUGAGACACUGGACCUCUAUUCCGGUGGACUCUGCUUACAUGUUGGAUCUGGAUAGCCUGGGCUUUAAUGUCAAGGCAACAUGUCAAGGAAGUAAUUUCAAGCUUCGAAUCCCUUUUCCACGUCAAGCUGCAGAUAGAAAGGAUGUGAAGACCCUCGUAGUGGAAAUGCUUCAAGCUGCAAAGGGUCAAGACAGUUGAUAAUGCAGUUAAAGGAUAAAGAGCUGCACAUGUCUUGGAUCCAGCUGGGAAUAAGAAUUGCUUGCGUUUGGUCAGACUGCAAUCUUUCUCGAAGCCGCAAAAGUUGUUCUUUAACAUCCUGAUAGAAAAUUUACCAUGUACAGUUGGCUCACUCAUUUCACCGCCCGAUGUAUUUGCGGAUAUGCUACAGUUGUAACGACAAAAUGGCAUUUUAUAGUUCCUUUCUCUU